CGCAUUGCGGAAUGGGAAGAAGAGAGACUCGCAUUCCCCUCCGAUGUUGCUUCCUCUGUUAGCGUUUACAUGUCCUUUUGUGCUCUCUGAGUCUUAAAGAGAAAUUGAUAAACACCAUAUUCGACCUCCUCUCAACUUCUCGAAUUUCUAAUUUGACCACCAAAUUCACGGCACUCCUCGCAAGGAGAGGCCUUCCUUUUCUCUUCAGGGAGGAACGGGGCUCUGCUUUGCAGAUCUGAUCUGAAUUGUGUUAGUUCAAAUCUGAUUCCUCUCACGUACUGAGAUUCCGCUUCUUCUUUUUUUCGCAAGGAUGGGUAUUCUGUUUACUCGAAUGUUCUCUUCGAUCUUCGGCAAUAAAGAGGCUCGGAUCCUUGUCCUCGGCCUCGACAAUGCCGGAAAAACCACGAUUCUUUAUCGGCUGCAGAUGGGUGAAGUUGUCUCCACAAUUCCAACAAUUGGAUUCAAUGUGGAAACAGUGCAGUACAACAAUAUUAAGUUCCAAGUCUGGGAUCUAGGUGGGCAGACAAGUAUCAGGCCUUACUGGAGAUGUUAUUUUCCAAAUACUCAAGCCAUAAUUUAUGUUGUCGACUCAAGUGACACAGAUAGGCUCGUCAUUGCUAAAGAAGAGUUUCAUGCGAUUUUGGAGGAGGAAGAGUUAAAAGGUGCCGUUGUCCUAAUUUUUGCAAACAAGCAAGAUCUUCCUGGUGCACUCGAUGAUGCGGCGGUAACUGAGGCCUUGGAGUUGCACAAGAUUAAAAAUCGCCAAUGGGCUAUCUUUAAAACUUCGGCCAUAAAAGGAGAAGGCCUCUUUGAGGGCUUGGAUUGGUUGAGCAACACACUCAAGUCUGGGGGUGGCUAAGUUUCCUGGAGAUGCAUCAGGUGUGUUUAUGUGUUCAGGCUAAAUGACAGAAGAGAAAGGGUUACUUGGCAUGGCCGGUGAUAAUGAAUUUCUUCAUGGGUGCAAUUGUCAUCUGAUGUUUAUUGAUUUUCUGUGAUAAUAGACAACUGAUCUGCAUCUACAAUUUUCAUCAAAUGAUUUUACCGGUUUCUCCUUAUGAUUUUUGCAUCUUUUCUUUUAUUAUUUUUGUCAUUCCUGGUAUUUUCGUUCAUUUAAAAUGCUUUAUUCCUGCUUA